GCCAGCAGCCGUCUGGAAGGGGAGGGGAGCCGUCUGCCUUCCGCUUCUGGGCUGGAUUGACACACAAUGAGGAGCAGAGGCUGGGGAGACGCUCCGCAAACGCCGCUGUAAAUACAUACAACAAUCACUGAGGCCAGAGAAACAUGGAAAACCAGUGCACAGUGCAGGUGAAGCUGGAGUUGGGCCACAGAGCCCAGCUAAGAAAGAAGGUGACAUCCGAAGGCUUCACCCACGACUGGAUGGUGUUUGUCCGAGGCCCAGAGACUGGAGACAUCCAGCACUUUAUAGAUAAGGUCGUCUUCCGCCUGCACGAGAGCUUCCCCAAACCCAAGAGAGUGUGCAAGGAGCCUCCGUACAAAGUGGAGGAAUCGGGCUACGCCGGCUUCCUCAUGCCUAUUGAGGUUUACUUCAAGAACAAGGAGGAGCCAAAAAAGGUGUGUUUUAACUACGACCUAUUCCUUAACUUGGAGGGCAACCCACCAGUCAACCACCUGCGCUGUGAGAAGCUCACCUUCAACAACCCCACCAAAGAAUUCAGGAGAAAGCUGAUCAAAGCUGGAGGGAUACUGGUGGUCCCAGAAGGGGCUGAAGCUGUAUCAAGGCCCAGUCCAGACUACCCAAUGCUCCCCACCAUCCCCCUCUCUGCCUUCUCAGACCCCAAAAAGACCAAGACUUCUCAUAUGUCAAAGGAACCCAGCAAAGAAGGAAGUGGUGGUAGUAGCAAAGGACCCAAACCGCACAAGCUGACUAAGGAGCACCGCGAACGGCCCCGAAAAGACUCGGAGAGCAAAGUCACGUCAAAAGGAGACAACGACCGGGACGGAAGCAGCAAGAGUGGCCGCGACCCCUCCUCUUCCUCAUCUUCUUCAAAAAAGCCGUCAGAGAUCAAAGUGAAAGAUGAAGUUAAGGUCCUACCCAAGGCUGCCUUCAAAGAGCCUAAGCUUACCCUGAAGGAGUCAAAGAUGGAGGGCAUGUCCCCCAAAGGAGGGGGGGCGGGGAGCGGAGGGGGUGGUGGGGGUGGAGGCGGAGGAGGGCCCACUGAGUCCAAAGCCCCGGGGAAACGACCGUCCACUGUGGAGUCUCCCAAACCCAGUGCGAAGAAGCAGAAGAAGGGCAGCUCAGAGGGGCCAAAGGGGCCAACCGGCGGGACCUUCACAGGAACUUCUCCUCGUGUGUCCUCCUCAUCUGCAGCCAGCCAGCCCUACGCAGAGAAGAAACCACCCAAGGAAAAAGGUCGUUGGACCAAAAGCAAAAAUGAAACACAGGAACCGAAGGAGCCCAAGAAACUUCCUGAGUCAGAAGAGUCAAAUUCAGAGGACGAAGCGUCGUCAAAGUCAGAGCAGUCGGCCCCUUCUAGUCCCUCCAACUCCAGUUCGAGCUCUGACUCCAGUUCAGAUUCGGAUUUUGAGCCUGGACAGAAGCAAGGCCAAGGCCCCCUUCGAUCCAUGGUGGAGGAGAUCCAGUCAGAAGAGUCGGAUGACGACGACAGCAGCUCAGAGGAGGAGACACCCAUCAAAACCAACCCCCCCAAUCGUGACUCUCGACUCAGUCUGGACAGCGAGAGUGACAGCAGUGACGGCUCGCACAGCCCCAGUCGAGACCCUGCCCCGCCGCCGCAGAAACACAACUCCUCCAAUAACAAAGUUUCAGGCAGAAAGAGUCCAGAUUCCUCGUUUCGCUCAGAGAAGGUGUUGAAGAAGGGAUACGACAAGGUAGGAAGGGCUUACACAGAAGAGCUGGUGGACCUCCAUCGCAGACUGAUGGCUUUAAGGGAGCGUAACGUCCUACAGCAGAUCGUCAACCUGAUCGAGGAGACGGGCCACUUCAACGUGACCAACACCACCUUUGACUUUGACCUCUUUUCACUGGACGAGUCCACUGUCCGCAAACUACAGAGCUACCUGGAGGCGACGGCCACGUGACAGGAAGUUGAAACCCACGCGGGAAACCCGGCGUGUGGAUGUCAGCGGCGGCAGAGGAGGUAGACUCGCCACGGGAUGAGCAGCUAUCACCUGUCGCAUGCUGUCUAACAGGCCUGACUGAACCGUCGAACAACUACACGCAGACAGAAACACAUGAACAAACACAAGCACACAUGAAGACGCACCACCUUCAGGUGACACUGGGGAGGAAACUGAAGGGGGAGGUGUGGAAGGCAGGGCGGCAGAGGAGUGGAGUAGCUGAACCCCCCCGUCUACAGUCAGGAUUUUCACUACACAUCUUUUUUUUUUUCUUCCUUUUUCUUUUUUGAGUCCGUGUAGAGCUAUGGAAUGCACCCCACACCCCCUUCUUCACCCUCCUGCACUCAUGUCGCUCCCGCCUUUGCAAAGCCAAUACCUCCCCUCCUCCCAUCCCUCCCUCCCCCCUCCUCCUCCUCCACACGCACACUCCUUACUCUGCAGAACACUCCAGUUCCCUUCCCCCCUGCUGUCAGCUGGAGCUCAUUUCUCUUGACAUACUCUUGAGUCGUGUGUGUGUGUAUGUUGAUACGUCUGUGUGUGUGUGUGUGUGUGUGUGUGUGUAUGCAAGCUUCCCUUUUGUUUGUGAAGCUCGAGCACAAACAACAGCUGGUUUCCCUCCUUCCUCGCACACACAUGGCAAAAAAAAGAAAAGGAAAAAAACAGAUUCAGGUAGUGGUUAACCUCAACGCUCCACAUUUAGCAUUUUUAAGCAGUAUGUAAACAUUGAAUAAAUAGUCUAUAAUUCACUUUAA